CCGAUAACAUAUUAAAUGACGAAAAUAGGCGUAAUAAACCAUCAAGAGAGGCCUCGCCUCAAUAUACUGAAGCUGAAAGCGAAUCUCCUGCCUCAAGAAGCCCAUUUAUGUCUCAAGAAGAGAUGGAUGAAUU